UCUCCCUCUCACCAAGAGGAACACUAGAAAAAGCAGAGGUUGUUUAAGAAUCCUGCACACUUGUUUGGCUCCACCCCACAGAAAACAGCUCAGUUUUCUAGUUCAUCAUUGUGCUUCAGGAAAAAAAAAGCCAGCCGCCAUGACGCAUCCCUUCCCAAGUUUAACUCCAGAACAGAAGAAGGCUCUGUCAGACAUAGCACAGAAAAUUGUGGCAGAAGGAAAGGGUAUCCUGGCUGCUGAUGAGUCUGUUGGCACAAUGGGCAACAGACUAAAGAAGAUCUCCGUGGAAAAUACUGAGGAAAACCGACGAGCCUUCCGUGAGCUGCUUUUCACAUCUGCUUCUGCCACUGCUACCAAAAUGUCAGAUUCUGUCGGCGGGAUCAUUUUUUUCCAUGAGACUCUGUAUCAGUCAACAAAGGAUGGCGUUCUUUUCAGAAAGCUUGUUCAAGAUCAAAAUGUUGUUGUGGGAAUAAAGGUUGACAAAGGCACAGCUGUUUUGGCAGGCACGGAUGGGGAGACAACAACUCAAGGGUUGGAUGGCUUGGCUGAGAGGUGUGCUCAGUACAAGAAAGAUGGAGCAGACUUUGCAAAAUGGCGCUGUGUAUUGAAGAUUUCAGAUCCAUGUCCGUCAUCUCUGGCAAUCAUGGAAAAUGCCAAUGUUUUGGCACGCUAUGCCAGUAUCUGCCAGCAGAAUGGACUUGUGCCCAUUGUCGAACCAGAAAUUUUGCCUGAUGGGGACCAUGAUCUUCUUCGAUGUCAGCAUGCUACAGAAAAGGUACUCUCUGCUGUCUAUAAGGCUCUUAACGAUCAUCAUGUCUACUUGGAAGGCACACUUUUGAAACCCAAUAUGGUAACUCCUGGUCAUUCCUGUACAAAGAAAUACACCCCUGAGGAAAUUGGUUUUGCAACAGUCACUGCUCUUCGCCGCACUGUUCCUGCUGCUGUACCAGGUAUCUGCUUUCUCUCUGGAGGUCAGAGUGAGGAGGAGGCCUCCUUGAACCUUGAUGCCAUCAACAAGUGCCCACUGCAUAAACCCUGGAAACUGACCUUUUCCUAUGGCCGGGCUCUACAGGCUUCUGCCUUGGCUGCCUGGAGUGGCAAGAAAGAGAAUGUCAAGGCUGGACAACAGGCUUUCUGCAAACGAGCCCAGAUUAACAGCUUAGCUUCCAGGGGAAAGUAUGCUCCAAGUGGUGAUUCAGAUACUUCUGCGUCCCAGUCACUGUUCACAGCCAGUUAUGUGUACUAAGAAAGAGAGUGUGUCCUCUACACUGCCUUCAACUACAAAGCAAGCACAGUCCAGGUCAUAUCAUCAUUACACCCUUCUAUGAAAAUACCAUACUGUAACAUCAUCAGACAGUUCUGUGAGAAGACAAUAUAAAAAUUUUAAGACUGCACUUUAUUAAAUUGAAACAUUCCUCUAAACUGGAAUUUUCUAUUUCUGAAAGCUUUCCAAAAUCUUGAGGGAACAUGUAGGAACAGAGCAACUUUUAGUCUCAUCUGUUCAGUAUAAGUAGUGGGCCAAAUUUUUCAGUCUUUGUGUCUCAUGUGCCUUAAGGAACUGUAUGAGAAAUGAGAGAAUCUAUGUGAUUAUUUUCUCCAUUCCUGACUCCUCUUUCUAUCUCAGUGUCUUCUCUGGAAACAUGAAAGUAUUUUUGACUCAGAAGGUUAUUGGCUUUCUGAUUAGUACUGAACUGUCAAAGAAUGUUUAUUUCUGACAUUGAAAUAAAAACUACAAAAGUAAAGUUGUAGUUGAAGUAAAAAGUUCAAAGUAAAGUUGAAGUCAAGGAAGUUGACGAAAACGCAGGGUGUCUGUAUGUAUUAAGGCGUUCAUGUUCUUCUAGUGCUUAUUUGGCCUGUGGAUUGCAAUAAAGUUCCUUGGACUGUU